UGAGAUAACGUUAGUCAUUGUAUUUCGUUUGGUUAAGUCGUAUUUGUUUGUGUGGAGAUUGGCUCGCUCUUUGUAAAGGGAAUCGUUGUGAAAUGGAGCCUCGUUCUAGGUUCUCUUUUGUUAUUAUAUUUCAUUGGUUAUUUUCAGCAUUUUUAAUAUCUGUUUUUCACUAGUCAAUUUUGGUGCCGUUUUUCAGCUCUCUUAUUAAAUGAAAUAAUGGAUGCUAUACCCUAGCCUAUUAAUAUACCUUAAAUGAUAAGCGAAGACUGAAAUAGCCUGCAGAUAGCAUAGCCCAUAUGCAUUUCCAAAUAGCUUUCUACUGUGAUUGCAUGGUUCACUACAAACUAACAUUUUACAAUUCAACAUCCGUACGUGACAGUCCAAUUGCUCAUCUGACACCGCAGCUGGACACAGCUGAGCAGAUCAGUGCGCUCAACCACACCGUCUGUCCAAUAAUCAGUGACAGAGUUUACCACUAAGUCAGAGAGGUUUUGGCUUGUUGCUCUAUUGCGGCUGAUAUAAGGUCAGCCUGUGAUGUGCGUGGGUGAAGAGGAGAGCGGGUGAGGAGAUGGGCUGCACCUCGGCCAAGCAGGUGUCGGCCGUGCCCAAUGGUGAGGAGGGCCGCAGUAAAGCCUACACCAAUGGGGACCUUCUUUCUGAUGAGUACAAGAAAGAUGUGGAAAAGGCGAAAUAUAUCAGUGGAGAGGGGGACAGACAAAAUAUCUGUAACCAGGACAGCACGGAGAAGACUGCCCUGCUCACCAGAGGCCAGCACAUGGAUGACACGGGAUCCAAUAGCAAUGGGAAGACACAUAUUCAUUCUUCAGAGAGCCAGCAGGAGUUCUUCAGGAUGCUGGAUGAGAAGAUUGAAAAGGGGCAGGACUACUGCUCAGAAGAAGAGGAUAUGUCAUCACAGUGAGGUCCACUAUCUGCUCUGCUGAGAGGAAGGUUUUGUCCAGCGCAGGCUGAUGUCAUUUAUUCAGCUCUGAAAAUGAGUUUGUCCAACACUUUCCUCCGCCUUGCUUCACUUGAUUCGACCAAAGGCAUGGACAGACGGAGCCACAUGACUCUCACCCGAGGGCCUGCCUCCUUUUGGACUGGUCCAUUUCGAGAUUGGAGGGGGGGAGACACAUUGACCCAAACCAAACACCUUUGCCUAGCCCAACGAGUCUAACGUGAACAUUUCCCCCCCACACACACGGGAACAAGACAUGGCCUGGGACUACUUCCAGCACCAAGCCUGGAAUUUUGAACAGCUUUCCAAGUCUUUUCCCAAUGGACACUAAGUACAGCAACCACUCUUGACUUUCUGACUGUGGUCCAUUAGGAGUUUUUCGUUUUGAACUCAUUGAACCUGUGAAUGAACUGUUUCCCAUAACACAACUCCUGAAUGGUCCUAGUGGCUUAAAGAAACCAUUUGUUGUUCCUAAUCUGAUUCCAAUUGAAUGAUGAAUAGUGGAUGUUAGGUGGGGUAAAGGAACAUAAAGCUAAUAAUUAUUCCAGGGUUGUAUUCUUGAAGCUAAAAGCUGAAUGAUAUGGCAAAUGACUUUCCGUAACAAACACUAGUUGAUGUUCUCCAUUGCAAACUGUUUUGCCAAGGUGUAUCCUAAUGAAUGCCAACCAGGUGUUUGAAACAGAUCAGCUUGUUACAGAUAGAAAUAUUAUGUAAUAGAGCUAGCAACACUCCUACCAUCCUAUUGUUUCGUUGAUGCUCUUGAUCAGUGUCUCUCUAUGUAGUGUAUUUCUAUCUGAAAAGUUCAUAGGGCCACAACCCAAUGAACACACCCCUGGCACACGAACCAGGGCAACUUGCUUACUUCCUGCAUUCCAAGACACUUCUGAAUCUUCUUUUUCUACGGUGUGUUCAUAUGUGAUCCAUAGUUUUGCUCUACUUACGUCACAACGUAGGGUGUUGUUGUUUAAUGUUAACGCUCAGGGUUGCAGUGUUUUAGUCAUUGUCUUCUGUAGUCGAGCCUACCUCUUAAUUAGGCCAUUUUGCACCAUUUGCGCGCGCGCGCACACCUCAUCAAGGCACACGCUUUACCUAGCAUCAUGCUGUCAGUGUCUGAUCAGAUGACCACCCCAGUGUUAAACCUCCAGGCAGUAUACUGUACAGGGAGCACGGUCAGGUUGGCCUGUGCUCCUUGCAUUUUUAGCAUCAUGCUAAUUCGUGUUAGUUUUUUUCCACGUUCGACUUUUUGAUUUUCCAGUAAAAUAAAAAAAAAAUAUGUUUUCAAGUCA